AUGGACCCCACGAGGACGUCAAGACGAGAGAGAGACGAGCAUCGACCUCGCAAAUCAAGAUCUCCCUCAUUCGAUUCGGAGGAGAGGCGGGGGCGCAGACGCAGAGAACGACCUGAAGAGAAGGACGAAAGGCCUGGAGACAGGAGAAGCAAACAUGACGAUGGCGAGAGGAAGCGUCGAAGAUCUCGAAGCCCAAAAGAGGAAUUUUCACGGAGAAGACGGGACGACGAUCGAGGUUCGAAGCACAGAAGCACCAGAGAGCGAUCUCCAAGGCAUCGAGAUGGCAGAGAUGGCAAAGAUUCACGAGAAGACUCUGCAACCCAACUUAGUCGGAAGAACAAGGGCCCUCUGCCAUCGCAGGAGGCAUCAUUUCAGUCCAACAAUGACCCUUCGGGGGCGCUUGUCCCGGCAGGCGAACUACCAGAGAAGCAAAAGCCAAACUUUGCCCCCUCUGGGCUUCUAGCAGCAGCGUCAAACUCUUUCGCCCAAGCGGAUGGCACAACGAUUGCCCUGAAGUAUCACGAGCCCCCCGAGGCGCGCAAACCACCUACAAAGGAUGUGUGGAAGCUGUUCGUGUUCAAGGGUUCAGAAAUUGUCGAGACGAUCGAACUUAGCCUCAGAAGUUGCUGGCUUGUAGGGCGCGAAUUAGCAGUCGUGGAUAUGCCAGCGGAACAUCCAAAGAAGAAGAACGAGUUUGGAGACAAGCUAGGCAGAGUCAGACCCUACCUGAUCGACCUCGAGUCUGCCAAUGGAACAUCACUCAACAAGGAGGAGGUCCCCCCUAGCCGUUACUUAGAAUUGAGGGAUAAGGAUAUGAUUCAGUUUGGGCACAGUACUAGGGAAUACGUCUUGAUGAUGUCACCUAAAGGUUGA